AUGGAGCACCCUGAAUCCCCAUCAGGUCUCUACGUCUGCCUCAACACCUUCCUUGGAUUUGGUGAGCCAUAUGUGGAACUCUACUCAAAUGUGACUGGGCACCAUAUCUUUCUGCAUCUACGGCAAAUUAAGAAAGAAGUGAACCUGAAACUCCAUAUCAAUAUCCCCAGGCAGCAGGAUGAGAGUCCAGAAAGAAAGGUGAAAAGGCUUGCUCUUGGAGUCCCAGAUGGAUUUGAUCCUGAUGCUGGCAAGAAAUAUGAAUUUGAAGAGCGGAAUGGCAUUGUGAUCAUGCCUGGCUAUACUCGCAUCCCCUUGCCCAACCCAGAAUUGCCUGGAAAGGUUCAAGAUGCAGUAGCCAUGAUCCUGGCAGCAGAUUCAGCCCAGAAGCUCUCCCAGCUGCAGGCAAUGGCAGGUACAUGGGACGGAGAGGUGCGGCAAGUCUCCAAGCAUGCAGAGGCCCUGCGACAGCUGAACAAUGGAGUGAAGAUUCCACCAAAGGGCUGGAAGUGCUCUAUGUGUGAGAAGACAGAUAAUCUCUGGCUUAACCUCACAGAUGGUACCAUCCUUUGUGGCCGGAAAUAUGCCAAUGGUUCUGGUGGAAACAACCAUGCUGUUGAUCAUUACAAGAACACUGGCUUCCCAUUGGUGGUAAAAUUGGGGACAAUCACUCCAGAUGGGAAGGCAGAUGUUUACAGCUAUGAUGAGGAUGAUAUGGUUCAAGAUGCAGUAGCCAUGAUCCUGGCAGCAGAUUCAGCCCAGAAGCUCUCCCAGCUGCAGGCAAUGGCAGGUACAUGGGAUGGAGAGGUGCGGCAAGUCUCCAAAUACUGUGAGAAGACAGAUAAUCUCUGGCUUAACCUCACAGAUGGUACCAUCCUUUGUGGCCGGAAAUAUGCCAAUGGUUCUGGUGGAAACAACCAUGCUGUUGAUCAUUACAAGAACACUGGCUUCCCAUUGGUGGUAAAAUUGGGGACAAUCACUCCAGAUGGGAAGGCAGAUGUUUACAGCUAUGAUGAGGAUGAUAUGGUUGAAGACCCCAGGCUCCCAGAGCAUCUGGCUCACUUUGGAAUAAAUUUUUCCUCCAUGGAGAAGACAGAGAAGACAAUGAAUGAGUUGGAGAUAGAAUUGAAUCAGAACAUGGAAUGGAGCCUCAUAUCAGAAUCAGAUCAUCAGCUCCAGCCCAUGUAUGGUCCUGGCUACACAGGAAUGAUCAACAUGGGGAAUUCAUGCUACAUGAACAGUGUCCUUCAGGUCCUUUUCACCAUCCCUGAAUUCCAGGCCCGGUAUGUGAACAAGGCUCAGGAGAUCUUUCGUGACUGGAUGGCAUCUGGACAGAAUGAUCCUAUGGGUAACUUCAACUUGCAGAUGGCAAAGGUAGGGAUGGGUCUACUCUCAGGCAGAUACUCUUCAGCUCCUCAUGGUGGCACUGGUAUGGAGGGAAAAUCCUCUGGGAUCCAUCCAGCCAUGUUCAAGAACCUCAUUGGGAAGGGACAUUCGGAAUUUGCCUCUAAGCGCCAGCAAGAUGCUCAGGAGUUUUUCCUGCAUCUCUUUACACUGCUGGAGAGGAAUAGUCACAACCAGGUGAACCCAGCUGAGUGUUUCAAGUUUCAAAUUGAGGAACGUUUGCAGUGCUGUGCAUCACAGGAGGUGAGAUACCUUACACGCCCUGAGUACCUCUUGGCACUUAACAUUCCCAUGGAUGCUGCUAUUAACAAGAGUGAAGUGGCUGCAUUUGAACAAAGGAAGAAGGAACUAGAGAAGGCAGGACAGAAGAUAGAUCCAAAAGACACAGUGAGGCCUCAAGUUCCACUCUCAGCAUGUUUGGAAGGAUUCUCCAUGCCAGAACAGGUUGAGGACUUCUUCAGCACAACCACAGGAACAACUGGAAAGGCUCUCAAGACAACACGCUUAAAGACAUUUCCAGAAUAUUUGGUGCUGCAGCUGAAGAAAUUUUGUUAUGGGGAGAACUGGACACCAGUAAAGAUUGAUGUGAGCGUGGAUGUCCCUGAUUACCUGGACCUCGAGUUUCUGCGUGGACAAGGACUCCAACCUGGUGAGAAGGAACUCCCUGAACUCAAGGGAGAAGUCCCAAAGUUUCAGUUUGAUGAGGAGACAAUAGCAAGGAUGGAGGAGCUGGGCUUCCCGAGAGAUGCCUGUAAACGGGCAUUGUAUCAUACGAAGAACAGUGGGAUCGAGGCAGCCAUCAACUGGUGCAUGGAACAUGCUACAGAUGCAGAUUUCUAUUCCCCAUUUGUGAUUCCUGGGAUGCAGCAGAGUGGAGGUGGUACAGGAGAAUUCCUUGUAGAUGAGGAGGGGCUGCAGAUGAUCAUGAGUCUGGGAUUCACCAGGGAACAAGCCCAUCUUGCUAUGAAGGAAACUGAUAAUAAUCCUGAGAGGGCUGCUGAUUGGAUUUUCUCCCAUCAGCACGAGUUGGAUGAACUGGUUGCCGGGGCGGCAGCUGCCAGUCCACCCCUGCAGACUAGAGAUGGUCCCCCACGUUACCGUCUUGUGGCCUUCAUCUCCCACAUGGGAACCUCUACAAUGGUGGGUCACUAUGUGUGUCACAUCCUCAAGGAAGGUCAUUGGGUGAUCUUCAACGAUGAGAAAGUGGCCUUGUCUGAGCACCCACCAAAGGACCUUGCGUACCUUUAUUUCUACCAGAGGAUCAAUGCCCAUGAAUAGGCACCUGCAGAUUCUGUGAUAAAUUGCCGAAUCUAGUGCAGUGCAGUGAAAUGAAACAUCGUCCUUGUUUUCUUGUGAUUCUCCUGAUAAUAAAAAAAAUGAAUAAUACGAAGGAAGAAAUCCAGUGAGGCUUGAAAUUUCACUUUUAUCAGAAUUCCCAUUUGGAUGGGAAUCCUUGCAGUGAAUAUAUAUAUUCCAUCUCAC